GUUUGCGUUGAAUUUCACUGAACUAAGGAAUAUAUACGAACAGGGCUGGAUUGUGUCCUACCACCUACAGAUAGUAUGAAUGGUGCAUACCCUGGAGUCCACCUCUGGGCGUUCGUGGAAGCCAACUGGGCGCGAUAAAUUUGAUCCUUGACACACGACUAUCGCCAGCAGACUUAGAGAAGUGGUCCUGGUAGUUGUGAUAAGGAUCUCCAGUCGGUAACACAAAAAGUGCAGCGUGAAAAAUUGCAUCAACUCGUUAAUUGAUGAGCAAUGGACCAGGAAACGGAAGCAAUUCUAGAGCAUGAAACUGACCUGGGCCUAAGAGUUUGGCAUCUUCUGUUCUUGUGCUUCGGAUCGGUGUUGGGCAUUGUGAUAAUGCUGUGCUGCUGUUUCCGGUUCCGAAUUCCCCGCACCAAACAGGACAUCGAAGCGGACUACCAUCGCAAGAAACUGACGAAAAAAUUUCGUGAACGACUGGACUGCAUGAAUAAUGCCGAAAUCGAUGAGAUGGACCUAAUGAAAGCUCUGGAACGCGUACGCGAAGAAUGUCUCUUGGAGCAACAAAAGAUUGUGGCCAAGGAAAAUGAUGGGAACGAGGAUAAUCUACUCGUAAAUGAUGUGUUCGGAAAUGUUUGAACUAUAUGUGUAUGCCGUCGCCCAAACCUUGAGUAAGGUUGCAGCAUUUAUCAAAUACGAAUGAAUAGUUUUUCUUAAAGGAUUAUGUUAGGAUGCAAGUCAAUCCCCACCAGAUAAUAACAUGUUGCGCGUUGACUCUGUAAAAACAUAUUUUAUGGAAGUUUAGUAUUGUCGCAGAAUAAGAAUAUUAUGUUUUGAAGCAAGUUCGUAUUACAAAAAAAUUGGAUCAAUUGUACCAAUGAAAUAAAUUGUCUUUUUG